CAACGACUAAGGAAUCCAGGGUGCGAGGACUGAGGAGGAACAGACCAGAGAGAAUCCAGACAUGACACCAAUGAUGAAUAAUUACAAUUUUCAACAUCAGUUUCCUAUAAAGCAAAUCAUUUACCCAACCCCUCCAUACAUGAGCAUUAGGAGGGAUGGGAUUGAAGUGUUCCGGUUUCCUGUGAGGAGCCGCAAAUUGAUGGAUAUGAUCAAAAAAUUUGAUCCAAAUGAUAUCACUUACAUUGAAGAUAGCAGUUUCCUUGAACGUUUCCCAAAUGAUGCCACCUCCAUUCAAGAUACUUCACAUAAAUAUUUUGUCAUAAGUGGUAACAGUGUGUGGGCAAAGUGGGUGCGGCAACCAAACACAGCACCAAAAUUCAAGAUCACUUUCCACGAAACAAGAGAAAACAGGUCUGUUAUCACCCUACAAGUCAAAGACCAGGAUCAGUAUCUAUCAUAUAAACCUAACCCAGACAAGCAGCUCAAAGUGUUGUCAUUAGGACAGAAGAGACUUGAUUUCGAUAAUCCUGAGACCAAAGAGUUUUUCUUCUACCUCAGUAAUGUCAACAGCACAAGUUAUUCAAUCGAGUCAGCGAAGCAACCGGGCUGUUUCAUUAGCACCUCUCCUGAUGAGAACGUCCAUGUCACGGUGCAGCCUGCCUCGAACACUCACCGCAGAGAGUUUCAAUUUGAUGCAAAAAUGUUACGUGGUAACAAUACGUGCAGACCGAACAGAGUGGGAAAAUACAGAGGUGAUGCCUUUUACUGGUACAAUGACAGACCCUUCCAGGACAAAUUCCAGUCCAUUCUAGCCCGAGACGACUAUAUCAUGGACGCAACUUCCCUAGCGCUGGACAGAUCAUACAGAUGUCCCAGACAGGACAAUCUCUACCAGAGCUACCACCUGGGCUGGAGAUGCAUGUAAAAGUGAAGUCCGAAUCUACACAAUCCCAUGAGUGGAAACCAGUCUUCAGCCGGCAGAGCCACAGGAAUGAUGAUUUAUCUUUCUUGAUGCCAUGUGGAUAAAUUUGCUGCUUUCUUGCUCAGGCAACCAACCAACCUCAGGGUUGGCAGUACAACAGGCAACUGAAUACCGCACCGCUGCUGCCCAUCACUCUAAAGGUCCCUUUACAUAUACGACAGAGAAGCGUUCCUUCCUGACAAUCUGCUGCUCCCUGGUGGAAGAGAGCGCUGCAUUUACAUGCAACAAUCUCCUCCAGAGUAUAGCAUAUAUUA